UGCAAAAUGUGCUUGUGAGCAGACUGUUUUGAAACAGUCAACGCUGAUGAUAUGUGUUAGUAAAUUCGCGUCACAGCAAAGUGCGUUGAAAAAAUUUAAUUGUUAAUAGUUGCAAUAAUCGUUAUUUUGGUGGAAUGUCUAAGUCACUCGUGCAUAAAAGUUUGGAAUAUGACGAGAUAGAUCUGCGUCCAAAUACAGAUAAGAAGAAGAAGAAAAAGAAACAUCCUGCAAAGGAUACUUUGUAUAAAGGUGUCUUAGAUUUGAUUCCUGCUAGGCACAGAUUUACCUCCGAAGAAGACAAAGCAGUUCUUAGUACCAUCCUGGGCAGGUCUGGCAGAGUUACUGUUUACGAGGUCCAAAAACGUUUGGCUACUCAAAAAGAUCCUACUGAAGAAAAUGUGCAACGACUUCUUUCACUCAAAACUAAUCAGUUAAAAUCUGAAAUGUCAAACAAACUGUUACAACGCGCUGUGAAGAAGAAAUAUAUUAAGAAACAAGAGAAACCUAAAGAAGAGGCAACAGCUUUCACGGAAGAAGACUUCAAGAUGUUUGAACAGGAACAUAUAGAGUAAUGAUAUAGAGUAAUAUCGAAUUGUGAAGAUAGUAUAGCAAAUGAACGUAACUGAAGUACAAAACAUCAGCGAUGUUUAGCAGCGAUCGUCAAAAAGGAAAAGCGAUACUGAUAUUGA